AUGGCGAAUUCAACCACAGCAGCCAGGUCCAAGCGGCGGCCCUGGAACGCCGACGGCGCCUCUUGCUGCGGUUCCGGCUGGCCGCGCGGCUGUGUCGUCUCAAGGCUCAAGAGAAGAAGCCCCUGGAGAAAGCUGAAGGAGCUGUUCGCCGAGUCCACCACGGGAAUCGACCGGCUGGUGGUCAUCGAGAACCGAUGUCGCUUCUGGAUAUUCUGCACCGUGUACGUCGUCUUCUUCGUCGUCACCGUCAUCAGCAUCGGGAAAACGCUUCAGAACCAUUUCGAAUACCGCGACAUCGUAUCAAUAUCAAUGACCGAAGGCAACAGCCUUCAACUGCCCGCUGUCACGUUCUGCAACCUGAACCCUCUCAGGAAAUCUGCUGUAUGCUCGCCGAAUACGCUGGACGUGAUCAACGGUACCAUAAGGAACAUCCUCUGUGACCAAACUGAUCCCAUGGAUAUCAACAUGGUACACAACUUCACGACAGAGGAGUUGUACCCGUUUCUGAACGUCGCGCGGAAGUACAACAACAGCCAGACACUGCUUGCUCUUGGACACACUAAGCAGAGGAUGGUCCUGAACUGCACCGUCAAGGGAGAGAGCUGCCUCGAUGACAGCAUGUACGAAACAAGCACAAACCCCACCUUCGGACUGUGCUACUGCAUCUUCUGCUCAAAUUUUAAUGCCUCGAAGAUCUCCUACCAAGCGAGCAACUUGCCUGUUGAUGGUUUGACUCUGGUUCUGGACAUCGAGAGAGAAGAGUACCUGCGCUCCAGCAGUGAAAUGGGCAUGAUCGUAAUGGUGCACAGGCGCGGGGUAAGUCCCGACCCCAACGAAGACGGCAUGUACUUGUCACCACUCAUGACCACCUACAUCGGCAUCGAAAUGAGGAUGAUGGAGCGUCUUCCUGCCCCGUACAAAGACCGUUGCGUCACCAUGUGGCCUCCGAUUUGGCAGAAGUACGUCGCACCAGACCAGACCUACUUUCAGCAGAUGUGCUUCUCGGUUUGCUCGCAAGUUCUCAUCCUUAAAAAAUGCCAAUGCAUGAGCGAGGAACUUCCGCAAGUUCGCAACGUGACGGGCGCGGCCAACAUCAUGUGCAGGAACGACGAUCAUCGUAGAGUAUGCUCCGAAGAAAUUUUGGCGGACACAUCUUACAGAAGCCUCAAGAAAUGCGACUGCCCUUUGAAGUGCAGUCAAGAAAUUUACAAGACGUCCAUAUCACGGACGGGAUGGGCUCAGAGUCUCCGGUCUGGAGAGGGCAAAAACAGUUUACAAAACAGAGCUCUGGUCAAAGCUGUUAUCUACUUCGAGUCAAUCAUCGUGGAGAAGAUCACACAAGUUCCUGAGCUCAGCGAUGCGACCACGCUGAGCAACGUGGGCGGCUUUAUGGGCAUGUACUUGGGCCUCUCUUUUCUAGUCAUCUUCGAGAUUUUGGAGAUAUUCGUGCGCUGGCUCAUCUACCUGUACCAAAGGCGGCGCGCGGCGGUCGCACCGCAGCCAACUCAGCCCACGGCGAGCUUCGCGGCGUGGCAGAGGCACGCAAACAAGGCCAUUCAGGCCUCCAAAGACGACAAGGGCUGGAGUAAGCAGCGCACCAUUUGGGACAUAUUGAAGGACCCCGAUGUGAACACCGGCGGACUCGUGGCCCUCAGAAGACCGUCUGGUGCGCCUCAGUACGGCUACUUCGACUCGUCUGACUGGAAGAGCGCCGCCGACGAGGUGUUCGGGCCGUUCAACCCACUCUUCCUUCAUCGAAGUUUCAGGCCCAGGGCGUUCUACUAGCUAUCUUGGAGCCUAGCACGUUUUCAUUGCGUUUAUUGUGUCAAGGGAGUACUCGUAUAGCUAUUUGGCGCGUGCUGUAUAAACCCUUCCUGGGCACCACCAUAACUCGAUUGGUGCAGCGCUUAACAGGCGUGAUCACCCUAAAAUGAACUGCCGAGGCUGUGACGUCAGCCCUUUGUACUCUCACGCAGCCCAUCGGGGGCGUUUUCCCUCCCCUUUGAAAAUGUCUAUACAAGUGGUGGUUGCUUAGCCAGCCUGUAGCUUCUAAUGUUCGCUAGCUUUUUUUACUCAUUUUUGAAAGGUUCUUGACAUUUUAAUAAAUUUGCCUGUGUUUGUAUGUUCGACUGAAUUUCAGUCAAGCCUUGCAUGCCUUUGGAAAUUGUGCAUUAAUUUGAUGGUUCUUAAAAAGUUCAAGUCAUGUAAGUAAAACUGGCAGUGGGUGUACUAAGAAGGCAAGCCUUUUGAAAUGUAUUUAUCGAUUUCUAAAGAUUUCAUUCGAUUUUAAUAAAGUUGUUGUGGAUGCACUGCUGCCAAAAUAACAUGAGCCUAUGACGCUAUUAAUGAAACCUUGGAAAGUA